CAAUUUUGCAGUUGGGUGGCGUGUGUGCUUUAAUUUGUGUUUCAUCGGGCCUCUCUCCGAAAAACUAGAGGAAUUUCUGUCUUUUCUCUAUACAUAGAAACACUUUCAAUUCCUAAUACGAAGUCUAUUAGUAUUUCGUAACUUUUUUGAUUAUCUAUCUAUACUAUGGCGUCUCGAAGGCGUAUGCUUCUUAAAGUCAUAAUCCUCGGAGACAGCGGGGUUGGGAAGACAUCUCUGAUGAAUCAGUAUGUGAAUCGUAAGUUCAGUAACCAGUACAAGGCGACAAUUGGAGCUGAUUUCUUGACAAAAGAAGUUCAGUUUGAAGAUAGGUUGUUCACAUUGCAGAUAUGGGAUACAGCUGGGCAAGAAAGAUUUCAAAGCCUUGGGGUGGCUUUUUACCGUGGGGCAGACUGUUGUGUCCUUGUGUAUGAUGUGAAUGUCAUGAAAUCAUUUGAUAAUCUAAACAACUGGCGGGAAGAGUUCCUCAUCCAGGCCAGCCCCUCUGACCCCGAAAACUUCCCAUUUGUUGUAUUGGGAAACAAGGUUGAUAUUGAUGGUGGCAACAGUCGGGUGGUCUCUGAGAAGAAAGCUAGGGCAUGGUGUGCUUCCAAGGGAAACAUACCUUAUUUUGAGACUUCUGCAAAAGAAGGAUUUAAUGUGGAAGCAGCUUUCCAGUGUAUAGCCAAAAAUGCUCUCAAGAACGAACCAGACGAAGAAAUAUAUCUUCCUGAUACCAUUGAUGUUGCGGGUGGAGGGCGGCAGCAAAGAUCUACAGGAUGCGAAUGUUGAAGAGUGUUUUGGCUCCCUUCCCCUCCCCCUCUCAAAAAAAAGAAGAAGAGUGUUUUGGUGGCCUUGUUUCUGGCAUUACAGUCAGAUACAAUUGCUACUGGUACACCCUAUUCAUUCUGGUGCAAUUGUAACAUUCUAUUCUUCAGGAGGGUUGUUGAGUUGCAAUGUGUAUUAAUAUAAGUACAUAAACCCAUUUGAUUGAUCUUCUUGUGAUUGUUUAACAUGAAUGUUUGUAUUUCAUCCUUUCAUUCUAUG